GGGGCCUCCGCAUCGGCCCGUUUAAAAACAGUUGGCGCCGCCGCGCCCCGUUCUCGCCCAGCCGGGCUGACGCGGCGUCAGCCCUCGUGAGCUACCCUGUGUACCACAGAAGCUGUGGCGGUGCCGGGGCACCUGGAGGCGAGAGCGUGCUAGGGCGGCCGCCGGCAUGUCGCUGCCUCCAGAGAAAGCCUCCGAGCUGAAACAGCUCAUCCAGCAGCAGCUGAGCAAGAUGGAUGUCCACGGUAGGAUAAGGGAGAUCCUGGCGGAGACCAUCCGGGAAGAGUUGGCGCCAGACCAACACCUGUCAACAGAAGAUUUGAUCAAAGCUCUUAGACGUCGAGGAAUCAUUGAUGAUGUGAUGAAAGAACUAAAUUUUGUUACUGACAGUGUUGAGCAAGAACUUUCUGCUUCUCCAAAACAGUCUGUUGGUUUUGAUAAGCAGUCAACCUUAAAAAAAACUAAUAUUGAUCCAACACGGAGGUAUCUUUACCUUCAGGUUUUGGGUGGAAAAGCUUUCUUGGAACAUCUUCAAGAACCUGAGCCUUUACCAGGACAAGUUUGUUCAACUUUUACUUUAUGUUUACAUUAUCGGAAUCAGCGUUUUCGUUCUAAACCUGUUCCAUGUGCCUGUGAACCAGAUUUUCAUGAUGGUUUUUUACUUGAAGUACACAGAGAAAACUUAGGUGAUGGAACUAGAAUGGCUGAUUCAACAACAAUGUUAUCAAUAAGUGAUCCAAUUCAUAUGGUGCUAAUCAAAACAGAUGUUUUUGGUGAAACCGCCUUAGUGGCAUCAUAUUUUCUGGAGUGGCGAUCAGUUUUGGGCUCAGAAAAUGGAGUGGCCAGUCUGACGGUGGAACUUAUGGGUGUAGGUACAGAAUCAAAAGUUUCUGUGGGAAUUUUAAAUAUAAAAUUCGAAAUGUACCCACCACUCAAUCAAACACUAUCUCAAGAAGUAGUAAACACCCAGCUUGCUUUGGAGCGCCAGAAGACUGCAGAGAAAGAACGGUUGUUUCUUGUGUAUGCUAAGCAGUGGUGGAGAGAGUAUUUGCAGAUUCGACCCUCACACAACUCACGACUAGUCAAGAUUUUUGCACAGGAUGAGAAUGGCAUAAACAGGCCAGUGUGUUCCUACGUGAGACCACUUCGUGCUGGACGGCUGCUGGACACCCCGCGGCAGGCAGCAAGAUUCGUGAAUGUGCUGGGGUAUGAGCGGGCCCCGGUGAUUGGAGGAGGAGGUAAACAGGAGCAGUGGUGCACUCUGCUGGCCUUUCUCUGUAGGAACAAGGGCGACUGUGAAGACCACGCUAACCUCCUGUGCAGCCUUCUCCUCGGCUAUGGCCUGGAAGCGUUCGUUUGUGUGGGGACUAAGGCCAAAGGGGUGCCGCAUGCCUGGGUCAUGACCUGCGGGACCGAUGGCACCAUCACCUUCUGGGAGAGUUUGACAGGACACAGGUACAUCCACAAGCCUGCCACUCCUGACGAGCCUCCGCUUACUGAGCAGCCCAAACCGCUGCACCCGUACCGAACGGUGGGCUGUGUUUUCAAUCAUCAGAUGUUCUUGGGAAAUUGCCAGCCCUCUGAUGCUGUUGAAACCUGUAUAUUUGAUUUGAAUGAUGAAUCCAAGUGGAAGCCAAUGAGCGAAGAAGCGAUUAAAUCCGUAUGUGCUCCCGGAGCUACAACCUCCCUCCCGCCCUUCCCGCCACUGUGCGCAUCCACAGUGGAUGCGUCAGUGACCAGUAACGAAAUCGAAAUGCAGCUGAGGCUCCUGGUGUCUGAGCAUAGGAAGGAUCUGGGCCUCACCACUGUAUGGGAAGACCAGCUUUCCUACCUUCUGUCACCAGCCCUGGCCUCCUAUGAAUUUGAACGCACCACGAGCGUAUCUGCAGGCAACGAGGAGUUUCAGGAUGCCAUCCGGAGGGCUGUGCCCGACGGGCAUACCUUCAAGGGUUUCCCAAUCCACUUCGUGUACAGGAAUGCACAGCGUGCCUUUGCCACCUGUCUUCGCUCCCCUUUCUGUGAAGAGAUAAUCUGCUGCCGUGGAGACCAAGUGCGGCUGGCAGUACGCGUCCGAGUGUUCACUUACCCUGAAUCGGCCUGCGCUGUCUGGAUCAUGUUUGCUUGUAAAUAUCGCUCUGUGUUAUAGGACUAACAUUGCCACCAAAAUUAUACCUGCAUUUCACUGGCAUUUUCCACAUUGCACAUUACUAGCAGUUGGAAAUUACUUUAAAAUCACAAUCUAGCUUCGGUGUCAUGUUUCAGUUUUGUAUAGAUGCUUUAAAACAAUCAUGUGUGUAUUUAAAAAUAAAAAUGUGUGUAAAUCUUAGUUGAGCUUGGUAUGAAUGAAGUGUAUAUUCUAUUUUAAUAAAUGCUGCUUUGUCUGUAAAUAUCUAGUAGUUUUAAGUAUGAAUAAAAAAUUUAUAGCGGGACGUGGUGGAGCACACCUGUAAUCCCAGCACUUGGGAGGCUGAGGCAGGAGAAUGGCUGCAAGUUCAAGGCCAGCCUAAGCUACAAAGUGAGUUCAAGGCCAGCCUGAACUGUAUAGCUGAGAGCUUUUCUCAAAAAGACCAAAAGUAAAAAGAUGUGCUCAAUUUUUUAACACUAAUAAGUAAUCAGAAAAGCAGUUGUCUAUUAAGAUCAACAUGAUUAUUUUUCAUAGAUGAAUGAGAAUUUACACAAAUUAGAAAUUAAAAAUACAGUUUGUUGACUUGUCACUUUUGCUGACCAUCUGUGACGCUAGAUAUUUGAGAUUUUCCAGAAAUGUCCGAGACUUUGAAGUAAGAACAGGAAAAAAUACUAGAACAGCGUAAGUGUGAAUAACAAGCUCACAUGAAAAGACAUGGAUAACUUACAAAUAUCUAUGAUGAAAAUGAGUGUUUAGGAACAGUGGGUCCUGCCCUCUCCCUCUGUUAUGAAUGUUUUCUGCAGUUGCCACUGGUGGUCUGUCCCUACCUUCAGUGAUCGGGAGAUGAAUUUCUCUGGAGUCCAUCUUUUGAAGCCAGUUUUCACCUUUUUUGUUGGGGGACUGAAUGAGAGAGCCACCAUGUGAGGCUGCUGGAAGAAGUAUGUUUGUGGUUCCACACUUACCUGACAGUUGAGCAAGUGUCUGAGCACAACUGAGCAUGGAAACGAGUCCCAGUGUGGCUGCAGCAUAGGUAACAGACCUUCCUGUUCCCUUGCAUCAUUCUAGUUUCUGGGCCGCAUUUGCUGUCUGUCGCUGGGACUGCAGCCAGGCCGGGCAAGGCUAGGGCUGCCAAGUGCACCCAGGCUGUGCAGGUUUGACACAGUCUUCUGAGGAUGUGCAUGUGUACCGGCUGGCUAAGACGUGCCUUUUUAUUCUGUUCACUACUGCAAAGACUGAUUUGGUUUCUAAAAAUUAAAAAUAUCUUACAAUAUGCUUUUUAUUUUUUACAUAUAAAUGAAUAUGAUUUAGCUUGUUCUAAAAGUUUGAAAACAUUGUGCAUAUCAGUUUUCCUUGAAAGUGGUAACCAGGUAUUUCUUGUAGCCAGAUAGGACUUUAGAGAAUUCAUAAAUGAGGAUGAAGACGUUUUAUCUGUUGUCAGAAUUGAACAUAAAGCUUGUACCUGCAGCCUAUACAGAGCGCAAGGCACAUGCUGAGGCAGGCAGUGGAGGCCCCGCUGCCCUCCUGCCUUGCUGCUCAGUGGCACGUGUGUAUUACAAACCUGCUUCUGGUCUGAAUGUUAAAAUAAAUUUGCUUCCUGUACACUUUUGUAGUCUUGCAUCACUGUUCUCCUCUCAGCUGGCUUACUUCAUGCUUCAUGAGUGAUCACUAGAAUUCCACUAAAGAUUUUUUUUUUAAGAAAUUUACCAUGUAUAUUUAGCUGUCAUAGUUAUUUUUCUAUUAAAAUGUAAACAUUUUUAUAUAA